UCGUCGGCCAGUCGCAUUUUGACGCUAUCGUUGUGUGGUUGUGUCUCGCUCGCCGGUACACAACUACCGAUCGUUCGGAUUUCGAUUUGUAUUUCAUCAAUGUGUGAAAUGUUGGACUGAGAUCGUAAGAAGCAAGUAAGAACAAUGACGCACACCGUGCUGGCGGGAGGAGCACUGCUGUACGCCUUAAGCAUAGUGAUGCAGGCGGGUGCCCUCACCCUGUUGCCACACGAUGUACACCCUGGACAUGCUGUUCGGCAUUUUGUCGGCAACCAUUCCCGAUAUACGCUACUUGACCCUGAAUUCACAUCUUAUUUCACUUUACUCGACAACGGACUUUUAAUGACCACAGCUGAUUUGUCUCCGUUACUAAAUCAACCUAUAGAUCUUGCGAUAUUAGAACAGACGCCUUACAGCAGUGCAGCGCAUUCUGUUCAUAUAUUUGUGAUGGAUCGCAGAAGGAUGCUACAUUUCACACCGAGUGAAGGCGUGAGUGGAGAAAUACCAGAAAAUGCGCCACCGGGAACUAUAGUAGACGUGCCUCUUAUAAAAGCCACGGCCCUAGUAGAUGUCGGGCCCAUAGCAUACAAAAUUAUAAAAGGCGAUGAAGAUGCCGUAUUCACAUUACGGGCUAAAGGUGAUAGAGAUUUGAAUACAGACGUAAGAUCAGUAAUCACCGAUGGAGAUGUCGAGAUAGUUUCGAUUAAACCUUUAGAUACUGAACAAAAGAGUAUAUACAAUUUGAAUAUACAAGCAACUGAUAUUCAUGGCACAAGCAAAGCCAUUUUACCUGUGAAAAUCGAAGUUUUGAAUGAAAAUGAUCACGAACCGCGUUUUGAACAAGAAUUUUAUUAUUUUGUUGUGAGCGGGACUCAAGAUGAAAAUGCACCUAACGGUACGGCUCGAUGGCAGAGGUUCUCAAAGAUUGGCAAAGUGCAUGCUUACGACGCUGAUAAAGAUCGAGUGUAUUAUACCCUAAUGAACCCAAAUAAUUUGGCCGUUAUAGUACCACAGACCGGAGAAUUAAUAUUAGCAGGUGAACCUGACAGUAACGAGGUUGAAUUAAAAGUUCUUGCUCACGACACGGGAGCGCCGCCGCGUGCAAGCAAACCGGCACGCGUUUUUAUUGAGUUCGUGAUUCGAGAUAGAAAAGAUUUACCAGCACUUCACCGUGAGAAGAGACGAGUCACUCGUGCAGUGCGACCUACGAAACGUAUUGAAUUCACGGAAUCUGAUGGAGAAGUUGAAGGGCGUGCCGUAUUUACACUCGAAAAAGAAACUGACCGUGAAACCUUUAAAAUUCGCGACGACAAUCCGUGGGUUGCCGUUGAACCCAGUGGUGUAGUGAAAGUCAAAAAGAAGUGGGACUUCGAAGACUUGGGGCCUGAGAAGACCAUCGACUUCUGGGUGACGAUAUCGAACGCUGGGAACGGAGUGGCCUUGAAGUAUACGGACAAUCAACGAGUAAUAAUCCACGUUAAGGAUGUCAACGAUGAACCCCCGUAUUUUAUCAAUCGUCCGCUUCCAAUGCAGACUGUAGUGCAGCUGAAUGCUGCUCCAAACACACCAGUCUUCACGCUUCAAGCCAGGGACCCUGACUCCGACCAUAAUAUCCAUUACUUCAUCGUUCGAGAUAGAACCGGCGGAAGAUUUGAAGUCGACGAGAGAUCCGGAGUCGUCCGUACCAGAGGGACCGACCCGUUUCAACUUGACAUGGAGUACGUGCUUUACGUCAAAGCGGAGGAUCAGAAUGGUCGUGUCGACGAAAGGAGGUUUCAGUCAACUCCCGAAGAACGCCUCAGCAUCGUCGGCGGAAAGCGAGCUCCGCAGUUCUAUUUGCCGAGUUACGAAGCUGAAAUCGCAGAGAACCAGAAAAAAGAUUCCGAUAUAAUAUCAGUGAAAGCCAAGUCGUUUGCUGAUCGCGAAAUUCGGUACACGCUCAAGGCACAAGGUCAAGGCGCCGGAACGUUCAACAUUGGCCCAACAUCGGGCAUUGUCAAGUUGGCCAAGGAGCUGGAUUUCGAAGACCUACGGCAACCGCAUGUUUAUUCUCUCGUCGUCACCGCUACGGAAGAUUCAGGCGGUUUCUCUACUUCUGUUGAGCUAACAAUUAGAGUAACCGACGUAAAUGACAACGCUCCGAAGUUUGAGCUGCCAGAUUAUCAAGCCCACAAUGUUGAUGAAGAUAUACCUCUUGGCACCAGCAUUCUCAAGGUCAAGGCUAUGGAUGCUGAUUCCGGAAAAAACGCGGAGAUCGAAUAUCUGGUUUCAGAUGAUCACUUCAGCGUCGAUUCGAACGGCAUAAUCACCAAUAACAAACUACUGGAUGCUGACAACAAUAACGCUUAUUACGAAUUUGUAGUCACAGCGAAAGAUAAGGGCGAACCCGCUAAAACCGGAACGGCUACCGUCCGCGUUUAUACGAAGAAUAAGAACGACGAGGAACCAAAAUUCUCACAACAAGUUUACACUCCGAAUGUAGACGAAAACGCAGGACCGAACACCUUAGUCACGACCGUAGUCGCAUCGGAUAAAGAUGGCGACAACGUGAGGUUUGGUUUUGUUGGAGGCGGUACAAGUUCAGGUCAAUUUGUCAUAGAAGAAAUAACCGGUGUUAUCCGACUGCACAAUAAAGCUAUCUCAUUAGACCGUGACAAAUACGAACUCAACGUGACCGCUAUGGACGACGGCGCUUGUUGUGUUAACGGUGACGCCACUAUACACACCUCCACGGCUGUAGUGGUCGUAUUUAUAACAGACGUGAACGACAAUAAACCUAUAUUCAAAGAUUGUCCAACUUACUUUCCGAAAGUAGAAGAGGGCGCGCCUAAUGGGAGUCCCGUUAUAAAGGUGCACGCCACCGACGAGGACAAAGGUGUUAACGGUCAAGUAAAAUAUUCUAUAGUGCAACAGCCCAAUCAGAAAGGAACAAAGUUCACGGUGGACGAAGAAACAGGGGAAGUGUCGACGAACAAAGUUUUCGAUCGCGAAGGCGACGACGGUAAAUUCGUAUCGGUAACGGUAAAGGCAACCGAUCAGGGCGAACCUUCCUUGGAAGGCGUAUGUUCGUUCACUGUUGAGAUUACCGAUGUCAACGACAACCCUCCGCUCUUUGACCGUCAAAAAUAUGUGGAGAAUGUCAAACAAGAUGCCAGUAUCGGCACAAACAUAUUAAGAGUUUCGGCAUCUGACGAGGACGCUGAUAAUAACGGCGCCAUUGUUUAUACACUGAGUUCCCCGUACAAUCUUGCCGACAUUGAAUAUUUUGAAAUCCAACCCGAGUCGGGCUGGAUCGUUCUUAAAAAACCCCUCGACCGAGAAACUUACAAGUUGGAGGCUAUGGCUCAAGACAAGGGUUUCCCGCCCUUGUCCCGAACCGUGGAGGUCCAGAUAGACGUAGUGGAUCGCGCGAACAAUCCCCCCGUGUGGGACCACGUGGUGUACGGCCCGAUCUACAUUCGAGAGAAUUUGCCCGUGGGUGCCAAAGUGGUGUCCGUGAAAGCAAGUUCCGGAAUCGAGAACAACCCUACGGUGUUCUACAGACUGAUGCCGGGGUCAACUGCGCAAACCAAUAAAUUCCACACGUUUUACCUCCAGCAGAGGGCCGACAAUGGUAACACGUGGGCGGAUAUUAAAGUAAACCAUCCUUUGGAUUACGAAAGCAUUAAAGAGUACAACUUAACGAUCAGAGUUGAGAACAACGGUGCGCAACAACUGGCUUCAGAAGCGACUGUCUACAUCAUGUUAGAAGACGUCAACGAUGAAAUUCCUCUGUUUACUGAACGAGAGCAAGAGACCGUGCUGGAAGGAGAGCCGAUUGGUACCAAGGUCACCCAGGUCAACGCUAUCGACAAAGAUGGAACAUUCCCGAAUAAUCAGGUGUACUACUAUAUAGUGGACUCACCUCGUAAUGAAGGGAAAGACUUCUUCGAGAUCAGCAUGCAGACCGGCGAGAUCUUCACUAAGGUGGUGUUCGACAGGGAGAAGCAGGGCGCCUACGCUUUAGAAGUAGAGGCGAGGGAUGGCGCACCGUCGGCGCGGCCUAACUCGGACAACCAGCCCAACUCAGUGACGAAAUUCAUCCGUAUCGGUAUUGCUGAUAAAAAUGACAAUCCGCCGUACUUCGACAAGGAGCUGUACGAGGCUGAAGUCGACGAAAAUGAAGACAUCCAGCACACCGUACUCACUGUCACCGCCAAAGAUCACGACGAAUUGUUGGAAUACAAUUAA